CUCUCUCUCUCUACUCAUCUCAUCUCUCUCUCUAGCAUAUAUAUUAGGGAACUAUUCUUUCCCAGCCCCCACAAACACCCUUCCAACCAAUCACAACCCAACACCUUUGACCUCUCUUUCUCUCUUCUUCUGCUACUCUCUGUUUCUGCUCUUUUACAAGUUUAGAUCUAUCGUCCUCUUACAAACAAGUACAACCUCUUGGCAGUCAUGGAUUCACUUCUUCACUCUCUGUCUCUUGCUUUCUCUUUUUCUCUUCUUCCCCAAUAUUUUCUUCUUUAGCCUCUAAGAAAAGAAAGAACAAAAUUUCCCAACUUUCACUGAUCUAAUCCCUCCUGACUUUCUGUUUCCUCUGUUUUUCUCACUUUCUGAGCUCCUAUCUUCAAUUUUUACCAAGUUUGCUCUUUUUCUUCUCAAUUAUUGAUACGGGUUUUGUUCAUUGUUACCCUUUCUGUGCUUCAGAUCUGGUACAGAGCUCUCAGUUGUAUCAUUCACAAGCAAGAUCUUCCUUUUCUUUUGUUUCUUGAAUUUUUUUCCUUAGGCAUUGGAAAGGUGGGCCUCUUCUAGAUUCCUCAUCUCAUGCUCAUGUCACAAAAAAGUUGUCAUAUUCCCUUCAAAUGCUUCUUGACUCGAUGCCUUUUUGUUCUUAAAAACCUCCACUUCUCUGCAUUUCCUCCUCAGAGUGAGUGAGAGAGAGAGAGAGAGAGAGGGUUGUGAAUUCUAUGGCUUUCUAGCUAUGUCCACCAAUUGUUCACUAUAAUUAUUAGCACAAAAUGAACAGAGGAAUGGAAAUUCUGUCCCCAUCAUCAUAUGUAAGAAACUCAAAUUGGUUGUUUGAAGAAAGCAACGGAACAAAAUGGACACCAGCAGAGAACAAACUGUUCGAGAAUGCACUCGCUUUAUUCGAUAAGGAUACACCAGACCGGUGGUGCAACGUGGCGGCCAUGAUUCCUGGAAAGACAGUGAGUGAUGUGAUCAAACAGUACAGAGAAUUGGAAGAAGAUGUGAGUGAUAUAGAGGCAGGGUUGAUUCCAAUUCCUGGAUACCAAACAAGCUCUUUCACCUUCGAAUGGGAGAACAGUAAUCAAACCUAUGAUGGGUUCAAGCAAUUCUAUAGCCCCAGUGGAAAGCGAAGCUCAUCGACACGGCCUUGUGAUCAAGAAAGGAAAAAAGGAGUGCCAUGGACAGAGGAGGAGCACAGGCAGUUUCUGAUGGGGCUUAAAAAGUAUGGUAAAGGAGACUGGAGAAACAUUUCGCGCAAUUUUGUGACAACUAGAACGCCAACUCAGGUUGCGAGUCAUGCUCAGAAGUACUUUAUCAGGCAGCUUUCUGGAGGGAAGGAUAAGAGGAGGUCUAGCAUCCAUGACAUCACUACGUUUAAUGUCACAGACACUAAAUCUCCUUCACCGGACGAUAAAAGAUCGCCUCCCUCAUCAGACCACUCUGCCACGGUUGCACAGCCACCUCAGCAUUCGAAUAUGAAUGGCAUUGCGAGGGCACUAUAUAGCUGGGACCCGUCAAGUCAAGGAACGGUCAUGGCUUUCAACAUGCCAAAUAGCAGCCUCCUCAUGGCAACUCCUUGUGGGACGUCUUCGUAUGGACUUGAACUUCAGGAACAAAAUCUUCAAAAGGGGACACUUAAUAGGACUCGGGUUGGAGCUUACAACAUGGGUUUUCAAAUGCAUUCUUCACAGCAUCAAUGAUCACAAGCUGAUAUCAAAACCUAGUUCUAAAGGUUUGUUUGAAUUGAGAAAUUUCAUCAGUGAAGUUUGAUAUCUCUGUCCAAGCUCUAUCAUGGAUGGUUUUAUGUGAAUAUGUUAAUAAAGGCAUGAACAAAAAGAUCAGUGAAACUGAGUGGGUAGCCUGUCUUGGUAAGUUUUCCAUUUUGUGUUUGGAUGAAGGGAAUGUGAGAGUAGGGUCUGAAAACAUUUGUGAAUUAGGGUUUUGUGCAUGGUCAAUAUUGUCGUUGAUGUAAGAGUUCCCCUAAUGGAUGAACUCGAGGAAAGAGGAUUGUGACCAGAUGAUGGGCUGUCCGGUGGCUGAGAAUGGCACGUAUCAACUGAAUUAUUAUGUUCCAGGUUUAAAACAGUGGAUAUAAUACAGGCAUCAGUGAGAUAAUUUUCUUGAUGGUUGUAAUUCCAACCGUUAGAAUGUCUAGGAAAGAAAGAUUUAUUUGAUGUUGUUCAUAUUAUUGUUCAUUGUGAUGUGAAAUGUCAAGAAUAAUUAUAUCAAGAAUUCCUCAUGAAACUUCGCAGUUCCAUUACUUGGUUCAAGUUUGUAAUAGUUUGCUUA